UGAUUCUCUUCACGUGAAAGGCGGUUUUUCUUGUUCUCCUCUCCUACAUUUAUCUUGUUCUCCUCCUCCCUCCCGGGCCACUUAGGGUUUUAAUUUAAUAAUAAAAAAAAAAACUUUGCUGAUCCUUCGUUAUCACUCCCUCUAUCUCACUCAAUGGAUUUCAUCAUUUUCUAACAAAUUCACAUUCUGUUCUGAUCAGCACCAAAUUGAUUUUCAUUUUCGUUCGUAGUUUUUUUGAAUUGAUUGGGUAAUUUCCGCUCCAUUUAUUCAUCUUCGUUUCUUCAUGAAAAGAGUGGAUUCUGAUUGAUUUUGUUUGUCUUCGGAUGGGUGAGAAUAGGAGAUACAUUCUCAAUCAACAUUUAGAUAUUGGCAGAAGCAAAACUGCGUUGGCUACGACCAAAUGAAGUUUGUGAAAUUCUUCGCAACUAUCAAAGGUUUAUUAUAACGCCGGAUCCACCUUACAAGCCCUCAGGUGGUUCUUUGUUCUUGUUUGAUAGAAAAGUGCUUCGGUAUUUUCGUAAGGAUGGUCAUAAUUGGAGGAAGAAGAAAGAUGGCAAGACUGUACGAGAAGCUCAUGAAAAACUAAAGUGGAUUUGGUUUUACAUCGAAAGCCCCUCAUUUAUAUGGCCCUUGUACUUUAAAGGCUGGCAGCGUGGAUGUUCUUCAUUGUUAUUAUGCCCAUGGUGAGGACAAUGAGAACUUUCAAAGACGGUGUUAUUGGAUGCUUGACACGCAGUUGGAGCACAUUGUUCUUGUGCAUUAUAGAGAAAUAAAAGAGGGGAACAGGUCCGGAAUCUCCCAUUUGGUAAAUGCAGAUUUAGGGGCACCUGCUGGAACUGCUCGUGCUUAUCCUGCACCUUCUGCACAAGUGGACUCGACUGGUCGUACAAUCCAGGCUUCUUAUGCUUCUAGUCCAAGUACAGCCGAAUGGAAUGGACAGACACGAUCUUCUGAAUUCGAGGAUGUGGAUUCCUGGACUGAUCAGGAAACCCCUUCGUCUUCAAGGGCCAUGUCCUGUUCCAGAUCUCAGAAUUCUUCUUUACAUUCUUCUGAUAUUGCAGGAUUCCCAGUGGUGUCAAGGAGCUCUCACGGUGCAGGGUUUCGUGGAGGUAUUUUUGAUCAUGAUAAUUCUCAUUCCUUGUGUCCUGAAGCUCACUGCUCCAUUAGAAACAUUAGUUGCAUGCCCGACGAGAGGAUUCCUUUCAACCAGCCUGAAAGAACUGAAGCUGUGAGUAGACUGACAGCGGCAGCAUUGGAAACAUGUAGUCUUGUCAAAGAUGAGCUUGGGGAUGCAAAUAUGGUGCUUCCUGACACACACUUUCAUACAUUAAGGAGAGGCUCGGAAACACCAGUUCAGGAAUGUCCGAGUAAUAAGGAUGGUCAAACACGCUAUUUGAUCUCAAAUAACUUGGCCGUUGGGGGAGCAGCAGCCCAUAUAUUUCAGUUCUCACAAGACCACAAUUUCCAGUUAUUACAUCCCCACUUUCAGAAUAAACCCGGAGCACCUAUGCUGGACAAUGAUAAUGACAUACCCCUUGUUGAAAAGGCAACUUUAGAAAAUGAAUCACAUAAAAAUGGUGAAGCAAGAGAGCUAAAGAAGCUUGACAGCUUCGGAAGAUGGAUGAAUGAGGAAAUAGGUGUAGACUGUGAAGACUCCUUGAUGGCUUCGGACUCUGGCAAUUACUGGAAUACACUUGAUACUCAGAAAGACGACAAGGAAGUUUCCAGUCUAUCACGACAUAUGCAGUUGGAUAUUGAUUCACUGAGUCCUUCUCUUUCCCAUGAUCAACUUUUCAGUAUUCGUGAUUUCUCACCAGAUUGGGCUUACUCUGGGGUUGAAACAAAGGUAUUAAUAACUGGUUCAUUUCUAAGAGAUCAAAAACAUCUUAGUAGCAAAAAGUGGUGCUGCAUGUUCGGUGAAGUUGAGGUUCCUGCUGAAAUUUUAACUGAUACUGUACUUCGAUGCCAAGCCCCUGUACAUUCUCUAGGACGUGUUCCAUUCUACAUCACGUGUAGUAACAGGUUGGCAUGCAGCGAGGUGCGGGAGUUUAAGUAUCGCGAAAAUGCAUCCGAGCCAAGUCCACUAGCUGUUAAAAUUGAAGGGGAAGAGGAAGCAGCUAUCCAAGUACGCAUGGCAAAGAUGCUGUAUCUUGGGUUAGACAGGGAACUGUUGAAUUGCUCUGUUCAGAACUGUGACAAAUGUGCCCUCAGGAAUGUUUUUUCUUCUUUUGGAAGUGAUGAAGAAAAAGAGUGGGGGGAAAUUGAGGAAGCUUCAGUUUCUGGAAACCAUAAAAAUCCUAAAGAUGCACUGAUUGAAAAAUUGUUGAAGGAUAGAUUGUAUGAGUGGCUUGUCAGUAAGAUUCAUGAAGGGGGCAGAGGAGCCAAUGUGUGGGAUGCUAAAGGCCAGGGAGUUAUCCACUUGGCAGCAUCUUUAGGUUACGGAUGGGCAAUGGCUGCCAUAGUUGCGGCUCGAGUCAGUCCCAACUUUAGAGAUGCUCAAGGAAGAACGGGACUUCACUGGGCUGCGCAUUAUGGGAGAGAGGAAACAGUUGUUGCCCUUGUGAAACUGGGUGCAGCCCCUGGUGCAGUGGAGGAUCCAACAUCAAAAUUUCCUGGAGGACGAACUGCUGCUGAUUUAGCAUCUAGUAGAGGGCAUAAAGGGAUUGCUGGGUAUUUAGCUGAGGCGGAUUUGACUAGUCAUCUCUCUUUAAUGACUAUCAAGGAAAGUGUCAUUGACAGUGUUGCUGCAUCAAUUGCUGCUGAAAAGGCUAUCGAGACUGUAGAGGAGCAGAGCAUUGCUCCAGAUCAGAGCAAAGAGGGUCUGUUCUCUAUGAAGAGUUCCCGAGAGGCUGUUAAGAAAUCUGCCCAAGCUGCUGAUUUAAUCAAAGCCGCUUUUGCUCGUUCUUUCCAUCACAAAAAGGAGUUUGUGAAGAUCAAGGAUGAAAUAUCUGAAAUUCCAGCCGACAUAGUUACCGUGGCCUCUUUUACUAACAAGGUCUCGAGUAUGAAUCACUUCACUGAUUAUCUGCAUUCUGCAUCUGCUGCUUUAAAAAUUCAGCACAAAUAUCGUGGUUGGAAGGCACGGAAGGAUUUCUUAAAAAUACGCAACCGCAUCGUAAAAAUUCAGGCAGUUGUUAGGGGACAUCAAGCUCGGACAUAUUAUAAAAAGGUACUCUGGUCUGUUGGUAUUGUUGAGAAGGUUAUAUUACGUUGGAGGCGCAAAGGACCUGGGUUGCGAGGGUUUUGUGCUGAUAAAUCAAUUGGAAACACCCUACCUGUACCUGACAAUGAAAAGAUUGAUGAGUAUGAUUUUUUGAGGGAAGGUCGGAAACAGAAAGUUGCUGGUGUAGAGAAAGCUCUAGCAAGGGUUCAAUCCAUGGCUCGUUACCCAGAAUCUCGUGAUCAGUACAUGCGAUUGAAAAGUUCAGAAAAAGGUAUAGAGAAUGAAAAUAUUACUGCAGUUACUAACCAUGACUGAUUAACGCUUCUAAUAUGUUCCAUUUAUUUUGAAAAAAAGAAUGCAAAAUGUAUAUGUUUCUAAUUUUGGAGUAGGUUGUUUUCCACGUGAAAGCUACAAGUUGUAGCUGGAAUGUGGUCUUAGGAAGUCUAUGCGGAUCUAAUGAUAGGACCGCUGUCUGGUCGUUGCAAUUGUCAUGAAAAUUAAAUGCAAAACUAGCAAAAUCGUCUGGUGAUGAGGUUAUAACUAACUUGUAAAUGUUCACAUCCUCGGCCCAAAUCAGUGCACGUUGCAUUUAUUUUCUUUUC